AUGGUCGACACCGGCGAGGCGCAGUAUUAUGAGCAGCUCGCUCAGCAUCGGGGCGACAUCGACCCCCAGUUGGAGCACCAGCCCAACAUGUCCGCGCACCAGGAACCGCCCGAGCACCAUGAACUGCACCAACUCCAGCGGCUUCAGGAGCCGCCAGCGCCGCCGCAGCAGCAGGAUUCGCGUCCGCCAGUCAGCGCAGAUGAGCUCCAGCUUGCCGCCCAGUUGACCCAAGGCCUCGAGCCUAUGAUGGCCGCCGCCGCCGUCCAGGAUCAGGCGCAGGAGCAGCAGCCCAUGUCGCAGCAGGAGGCGCAGAUGCAGCAACAGCCCGACGCCGAACAGAACCUGCAAGAGCAGCUCGAGGCGUCGUUGCAGAACCACGACCAUGAUUUGCAAAACCAGAGGCUCCAGGAUGUCCUGCCGCACCAGGGCCAGCCACAACCUGAUCACUAUCCCCACGACUCGCCGGCUCCCCCACAUCUAUCACACCACAUGCCCAUGGAACCCCUUCCCAUGCAGCAGCAGUAUCAACAGCAUGGUGCCACUCCGCCACGCAAACGUUCCAAGGUGUCGCGUGCGUGCGACGAGUGCCGGCGAAAGAAGAUCAAGUGCAAUGCGCCAGCCGACUCCAGUGUGCAGGCCUGCGCCAACUGUCAGCGCUCUCACGCAGCGUGCUUGUUCAGCCGCAUACCGCAGAAGCGUGGUCCCAGUAAAGGUUACAUCAAGGAGCUGGCCGACCGGAUCAAUACGAUCGAAGGAAAGCUCAAUACCACUGUCGAUGGCCUGGACAGGAGGGCGUCGGCCGAAGCCUUUGCAACUCCCGGACUGGGCGACGAAAGCCGGAAGAGACCCUUUGCCAGCAUCUCUGGCGACGGCUUUGCCGCCCCCUCUCCCAACAGGAUGCCGGCCUAUGCCAGCGAGCACCGCCAGAUUCUGCCCUACGUGCAGCCCGAUUUCCGCCCAGCCCCAACUGCUGGUACUCCAAAUGACCUCGUCCCAAAGCCCCUCGCGCCGGCUCAGAUCCCUGGUGCGACCAACGGCCUCGCUUUACAAGACCACUCUGAGAUGAUGGAGGGAAUGUCGCAGAGCGAGCUGCCUCAGGGGCCGGGGCCUCAAGCAGACCACAUACCAGAGAUCGAUGACACUGCAUUCAACUGUUAUUUGGAAGUCGUGCACCCCACUUUCCCGCUUCUGGCGAGCACCAAGGCCAGAGUGCAAUCGCUCUUCUGGCAGAUACCACCGGCCAUCCAGAGCGCGUUUCACAAUGCCUUCCUUGCUAUGGUCAACCCGUUCCUCCCCGCUUCGGACAGUCAGGCGAAUGGCGACCCUGCCACGGCGUGUCGCUUGCUCAGUGAAUGGGAAGCGGGACACAAGGCCGCCGGCUCGACCAUCACCGACCUGGUGCGCCUGCAGACGCUCAUCAUGGCGGCCAUCGCAGUGGAUUGCCACGGCAUUGCGUAUUCCCAGGGGCAGCUUGGUGGUCUCUCGAAAGCCGAGAUUCUCGGCCGAGCUGUCGGCCUCGCGUAUUCGAUGAAGCUCUUCGCCCGCCAAGUGGACUUGGAACCCAACCCGGAGUUGGAUCCCAACUCGGACGACAAUGUGGCGCUGCGAGCGUGGUGGGUACUCAUCAUGCUGGAUCGGUGGAAUGCCGCCGGCAUGGGCAUGCCUGCCUUGAUCAGCAAUGACAGUGUUGCGGUUGACCCUGGCUUGAGGCUCGUCGCCGGCGAAGUUGUCUUCUCGCUCAUCCAUAUAUCGCACGUUCUCGGGCACAUCGUACCUGUUGCCAUCAAUCCCGUGCUGGAUCCCUUCGCGCCAGCGGGCUCAACACUGAUCUCGAUGAGCAAGAUGUCCACCGGCAUGCUGCCCUGGAUCUUGCCCAGCCCACUCACCGAGCCCAUGCUGCUCCUCGCCUAUUGGCACGCACGGCUCAUCUCCGAACUCCUUGCUCCGCGGCAGAACCCCGCCAAUGUCCUCCAGGCGACCAGGAACCUAGUGCAGCUCCUCGGCGCCAACUACAAACUCGUCAGCCCCCUGACCCACCACUUCAUCGCGCUCGCCGCGCUCGGCUUGCUGCAGCUGCGACAGAUGGACGAAAGCCGGGAUGAGGCCGACCGCCUGAUAAACGACGUGCUGGAGUUCAGCAUGGCGCCCUCGCCCUGGAACGACGCCGUCCGCGCCAAGCUCGCCGAACAUCUGCCCCGCCCGGGCACGGCCGCGAGCGCGGCGGCCGACGGCCAGAACCUGCACCAGCUCGCGGAUAUGGCCGCCGCCAAGGAGGGCUCCGUGCCUGCUGCCGACGCAGAUGGGGCGCACGGCGGGCCGAAGGAGGAGCCGCUUGCGUCUGGGGAUGAUGGCCCGGCGCCGGAUGUAGAUUUAGGCCAAGCGGAGCGGGACCGCGUCGCCGGCGGCGCGAGCGGUGGCAACCUGCAGCCGCCGGCGAAUGUGGAUGUGCGAGCGCUGCUGAGAGCUGGGUAUCUCACUUGGUUUGAAGAGCCAGUUGAGGAUGGGCUGGCUGAGUGA